AGUUGCAAGUCUUUGAAUUAUUAUUUCCUAGCUAAAGAAAAUAACUCUAUUUCUAUUUUUUUUACUAUAAUUUAUCAGUAUAAAAAAAAAAUUCAGCAGUCGAGAGUCGACUUGUAUUCAUUAUUGCAUAAUUCAUGACAUUUCAAUUGUACUAACCUGUUGACCAUCAAGGUUUAUAAUUAAUUCUUCGGGUAAGUUUAAUAGGUUUAAUAAUAUAAUAUAAUUAUAUAGUUUAUACUAUUUUUUACAAUAAUAGGGUACCUAAUCCUUUUAUUCUGAAACAUUUAAUUUAUUAAUGUUAUGCUAUUCUCUGUUACAAUUCCUUUGUUAAUAUUUCAAUAUUUGUAUAUUAGAUAGAGUAAAUAAUAAAUAUAUUUUGCAGUCCAAAAGUAGAGUUUUUAAAAUAAUCUAAAAUUUGUAUUUGCUAUGUUAUGUGUAUUCUAUUUUAUUGUAGCUAAAAUAUUAUAAUCACAAGAUUUUUAAUAAUUUAAAUAAUUUUAAACAACUGGUAAGAUUUUAAACCUUAUGAUAUUCAGUUGUGAUUAAUUAUAACUGAUUUAUAAUUUAUAAUUAUUUACGGUAUGUCAAUUUGUAUUAGGAUGAUUGCUUGGAAGUAUCUAUACACAGUAUUCAAAAUAAUUUAAAUCAAUAGAAAACAACACAAGUAACAUUUUCAAUCUGUUGGGAUUUGUUAAGUUAAUGGAAUCAAACAGUUUUUAAGUAAAUUGACUAUUUUGUGUGAUCAUGAUUCGUACUAAAGUAAUGGACACUAUAUUACAUUAUAAUAAUAAUACAAUUUAAAUAAAUACCAUUUUUAUUAUUUUAGAAUGAUUCAUUUUCAAAAUUACGUUUACGAACCAAAUUGUCAAAACAAUAUGAUGUCUUACCCAAACACUUGAAAGAUACAGUAUUCAACAGAUCCAAAGCCACACGGUUGUUACCUACAGGGCCGUAUCACUUUCUAUCAUGUAUUGCAUUUUCAGUUGCUAUUUACACAGUUUUAGCGUUAAUAGAAAAAAAUUUACCUGAACCCGUGACCAUAUCUAAUGAACACAAAUAUCCAGGUCGGUUUAUCGCUGAAAGAGCCAAAAAUAAUUUAUUUAAUUUAACUUCAAUGGGGCCUAGGCCUGUGGGAAGUAAAGAAAAUGAAAUUUUGGCUGUUAAGUUUAUAUUAAACGAAAUCAAAACAAUUAUUAAGCAAACCGAUUCUGUACAAAAAGUCGAAUGGGAUCUACAGAGGGUCAGCGGAUCCUUUCCAUUGCAAUUUCUUGAUGGUAUGACAAAUGUGUACAGGAAUGUACAAAACAUUGUUGUUAAAAUUGGACCCAUCAAGAGUUCCCCUCAUAGUUUGCUGAUCAAUUGCCAUUUUGACUCUGUCAUGGGUAGCCCUGGUAAUAUUAAAAACUUUUAUGACGUGUAUUUGCUGAAGUAUUCUUAAUUCUUAUGAAUAUUAUGUAUUUUAGGUGCAAGUGAUGAUGGAGCCAGUUGUGCCAUAAUGUUAGAAUUAUUACGUGUCAUUUCACGUAUGAAAAGCCCUUUAAAAAAUAAUAUAAUUUUUCUUUUUAACGGAGCUGAAGAGAAUAUGAUGCAAGCGUCGCAUGGGUUUAUUACCAAACACAAAUGGGCAUCUAAUGUGCGUGCGUUCAUUAAUAUGGAAGCUUGUGGAGCAGGAGGGAAAGAAAUACUCUUCCAAGUUGGCCCAAAUCAUCCAUGGCUGUUAGAAGUAUAACUUUAAAUUUUAAAAUUAAAUUUUAAUUUAAAACUGCUUGUUUAAACAAUUUUCAGGCCUAUUCAGAUACUGUUCCUUAUCCAUUGGCCUCAUCUAUGGCCCAGGAAAUUUUUCAAAGUGGCAUCAUACCAGGCGAUACUGAUUAUAGAAUAUUUCGUGAUUUUGGUCGUGUUUCUGGUGUGAUAUUUGCAUAAUACAAUUUUAUUACAAAGUUUAUAUUGUUAUUUUUUUUUAUAGGGCUAGAUUUUGCAUGGUCAGCAAACGGUUAUGUUUAUCAUACUGAAUUAGACACAUUAGAUAAAAUUCCUCUUGGUACAUUUCAAAGGACUGGUGAUAAUAUGUUGCCAUUGAUUUUGAAUCUAGUUAACUCAAAACAAAUUUCAGAUAUCGAAAAAUAUAGCACUGGAAAUCUGGUAUACUUUUAUUUUCUAUUUCAUUUAAUUUGUAUAAAUUUUAUUUCUAUUUUUUAGGUGUUUUUUGACUUCUUAGGUAUAUUUAUAGUUCAUUGGAGUGAAGAAUUAUCUUACAUCAUCAACAUUAGUGUCAUUAUAGUAUCAUUAUUAAUAAUCUUGUAUAAUGCAAAUUAUACUCAUAUUACAGGUAUGUUUAUAGUAAUAUUUGACAAAAAUGAAGUUUAGCUCCUAAGCAAUUUUUUUAAAUUUUUUUUCCAAAAUUUGUGUUUGUGCAUGCUCAAUUUGAUGGUACUUUCAAAAAAAGUUGUUUAAACUUCAUUAGGUAGUUAUGGUUAAAAAACUUCAUAAUGUUAGAUUUUUCUAAAAACCGUGUUUUUGAGUUUAAAAUACCAAAAGUUUGUAUUUUUUGAAUUUUUUUUUUUUUUUAACGGUAGGAAUUAUAUGCUUAACAUUUUAGUAAAAUCAGAAUUCACCUAUUGUACUUACUUUUUAUGAUAUUUUUAAUAAACCACGUAAAACCUAAUUAUAAUGUUAUUCCAAUCAUUGACAUAUUAAAGUAAAUCAUAAUUAAUAUUUUUUCGAUAUUUAUGAGCUAUUUGAGCGAAAAAGCCAAGGGGCUAUUUCUUUAGCAACAAUUAAAAAAUUGCAGUCUUGGACACUAAUUGCCAAACAUAACACAUUAAAAUGUAUUCAUGAACAUAUUCUCUAAGUCUUAAGUUGUGUUUGAAAGUUAAUUGCAUUAACGGAUAUGUAUGAGGGUGUCGAGAUUAUUUCAAGAAUUCACAUAGAAAAAGGGUAAAAUUUUAAAACUUUAUUAAAUAUUUUGUUAUUUAUAACAAUAAUUUGACAUUAAUCAUUGAAUUAAUUUCACCAUGCCCCUCAGCUUUUCAUCCAUUGAAUUUUUUUUUUAUUAUUAUUUUGGCCUCAGUAAGCAAACAAAUUAAAAUAGUAUUAAAUAAACAAUAUUUUUCCAAAAGUAAAAUGUGAUGUUUAUUUUGUAUCCAUAAGAAAAAAUACAUUUUUCCACUAUUUCUUUCAAACCAAAAAUAUUAGUUAGUUCUGGUUCACCAAAAACUUCCUAUUUUAAUUAAUUGUAAUUACAAACUGAAUGAAAAAAAAAAAGUCCAAAAAAUCUAUUUUACUUUUAUAUGCAAAUGAUUGAAAUAACAUAAUUAGGUUUUACGUGGUUCAUUAAAAAUAUCAUAAAAAGUAAGUACGAUAGGUGAAUUUUGAUUUCACCAAAAUGUUAAGUAUAUAAUUACUACCAAAACAAUUUCCAAAAUACAAAUUUUUGGUAUUUUAAACUCAAAACACAAUUUUUAGAAAAAUCUACUAUUUUGAAGUUUUUUGACCAUAACUUCCAAAUGAAGUUUGAGCAACUUUUUUUGAAAGUACCAACAAAUUAAGCAUGUACUAACAUAAAUUUUGUAAAAAAAAUUUUUAAAAAUUCAAUUGGAAGCUAAACUGCAUGCAUUUAUUCCCAAUAUUUUAAAAUAUAACUUUUUUUUUGCUUUAGGUUUUACCAUUAAAGAUUAUUUUAAAUCUUGCUUAAAAUGCUCAAGUCUAAAUGUAAUAAUAUGGCUGGUCACUCUAUUGACAAUAACUUUACUAUCAUUGAUUGUUGUACUGUUAGACCGGUGCCUGAGUUGGUUUGCUCAACCGGUAUGGCUGUUAUUCUUAUACAUUAUACCAACUAUAUUGGUACCAAUGAUAUUGUUGACUUUAUUUGGUCGUACAUUUUUAUGGGUAAGAUUAUAAUAUAAAGUAAAAAGUGCCUCUUAUUAGAAGCAUUUUAAUAAAUUUGUAUUGUUUAUGUGAUACAAUUAACAGGGCAGAAACGGUGGAGUGCAUUAUCCAAAUUAUUUAAUGUAUUGCAUCGCUCGCGACGGCAAUCAAUUGCUGUACAUUACAAUCCUUUUAAUAUGUGUACUGUUACGUAUAAGAUCAGGAUUUGCAGUUGCUCUAUUUGUUACCUGCAAUGCAAUCAGUAAUAGUUUACAUAACACUUUAUUGAAAAACAAUUACGGUAUAUUGGUAUUUUGAUUAUCAUGAUUUUCCUGUGACUGAAAUUUAUAAUUUUAUAUAUAUAUAAUAAAAAAAUAGACCAUAAAAUAUUGUGGCUUCAUUGGAGUUGUAUGCUAGUGCCAUUUGCAUUGUCUGCUUAUAUGAUACAAGCAGCACUUCUACUAGUGGUCCCAAUCAUGGGCCGAUCAGGAUCUGGAAAUCAUGCUGAAACUGUUAUGUCACUUAUUACAUCGGCUAUGUUUAUUCUUGUAUAUAGCUUUUAUGUAUGUAUUUUAUUAUUUUAUAUCACAUUGUGCAAAGUAAUAAUGUUGGAUAUUAAAUUAUUUUUUUUAUUUUUUUCAGAAUCCUUUGGUAUUAUUAAUUCAAAAAGUGUACACUGUUUUUUAUACAUUAGGAAUUGUAUUAUUAGUUUCGUUUCUAGUUUUAGUAUUCACACCACUCGGAUUUCCAUACUCUGGUGAUCCAAACAACUUGGCACCACAACGAUUUAUGGUGGCGGUUAGUGUUAUUUUUACUUUCAUUUACUAGACUGGAUCAAUCAAAUUAAAUAAAUAUACUGUUUACAAGUUAGCAUGUUGAACGAAAUCUGUAUGGCUAUAAUGGUUCACUGAGAGACUCCCAGAAUGGUUUAUGGAUUAUUGAUUUGGAUGUGAAUAGCCCACACUCAAUAGUAAGGCAUGCACCUGAACUAAUGAAUGCGCGUCAAAUAAGUCACAAUGAGUGUAGUAAAGAACUGUACUGUGGAUUACCUUAUUUUAUGCCAGUUACAUCGUUUAUAUGGUUUGUAGGAUUUAUGACUAAAUAUGUAUGAAUUAAUUAUUUUCUACUUAUAUGGUAUAGGAAAACCCAUUGGAUCGAUUCGAAGCCAUUAGAAGAAGAAUUACCUUUAAGUCUAAAUUUAACGUACAGAGAUUACAGAUUAAAUAAUGUCCAAAGGCUUUCAUUUUUUGCAAUAGGUAUUUUUUUUUUCUUCUUAAUUUACCAAUCUAUUAUUAUUAUUAUUAUUAUUUUAGUAAUUUCUGUCAUUCAGGUCCUGAUCAUAUAACUUUUGUGUUGUCAUUGUACGACGGUAUCAAAUUAAAAGAUUGGAGUUUGAGUAUUGGCAAACCUCUUGAAGGACCACAAUGGAAUGGUCGUCCAACUUAUUUUGUAUAUUAUGCAUGUGCAAAUGAUAUUGUUCCAUGGGAAUUUUGGAUUGAACUUGAGGUAAUCAAUGAUAAUUAAACACAUGAUUAUCAAAUUUAUGAACUAUUAGAUAGUAAAAAUACAUAUUAUUUUUAUAUAUUAUUAAAAGCAAUUUGUAGUAAUUUUAUGUUUAAAUAUUAAAUUACUGCUAGAGAAAGAUCAAUUAUUUUUUUGAUUAACAUAUUAAAUAUUGUUUUUGAAUAAUCAAUACAUCAUUUAAAAUUUUUUUUAUUUAUUUCAAGUACAUUUUUCACAAAGACUAUCCUAAAAUGUCAAUAUCAAAACAUAAUUAAAUUAUUAGGUUUUUAGAUAAUUGAAAAAACAAAAAUGUACAUGAUAAAUCUACACAUAUUGUGUCAGAUAUCAGUUAAAUACAAGAAUGAUUGUCUAAUUUUGAAAUAUCAAUAUUAUUUAAUUAAUGAUUAACCAGUUUACUUUGAUAACUUUUAAAAUGCCCCUGGAAUAAGAAUUAAAUCAUUAAUAAGAAUAGAAAAAUAAUAUGUUUAUUGAUUGUUUAUUAGUUUAUUUUAAAGCUCAUGAUAUAUAUAACUGUAUGUUAUAAAAUUAUAUUAUUAAAAGUGAACUUAAAACAUUUUAAAUUUUACAAAAUAAAAACAUAAUUUGACAGUCUUAAUUUUAUUAUAAUAUAUGCAUAUCUAAUAAAGACUAGCUACCUAUCCAUUUUAAGUUUGGUUUCCAGAAGACAAUUAAAACAAUUUUUUACAUUUUAAUGAAUUUGAUUAUGUUUACACUUUUUAUAACCAAAUUAAUAAAUGAUAUAUAUACGUAUUAUUUAUUUAUAAAGAUAACAAUAUACUAAAUUUUUAUUUAGGUUCCUGAAAAUCAUAUAGGUCCCCAAAUUGAAGUGGGAUUAUCUGGACAUCGAAUGCAUGGUCCACAUCAAUAUACACCUCAAUUGAAGACAUUUUUAAAUAAGUUACCACAAUGGACUACUACGACUGGUUGGACUUCUUCUUAUAAAUCUUAUACUUUAUAAAUACAAAUACUACUUUAUUAGUAUUAGUUUUUUUUAUGGAUUUGUUAUUAAUUAUUUACAUAAUUAAAUUUGACUGGUUUUAUAUUAUUAUAAUAUAUACACAACAAUUGUAAAAAUGUUUGUCUUAAUAAUUUUAAAUACCACAGAAUAUAAAUUUAAUAAUUCAGUUUUUAAUUGAACAUAUUUUCUUUGGUGGAUGCCACAGUAGCAUCAACAAGAAGAUUGUAAUCAAUAUCAGCUAACAUAGCUGAAACAAA